AAUUUUCUCCCCUCUCCCCACCGCCGGCCGGCCUCACGCCGGUUGACGAGAAUUAGCCUAAUGACAAAGCAAAAGAAAAAAGUCCUUCGUUCUAUGCCUCCAGAUACGACUAAGUUUUCUCGGGUCUCUGCUCAAGCUCGCUCUAUGGUAGCCUUUGAGAAGAAGUCUCUCUCCGACAACGCCUUUGCCGGUAGCUGCGGUCUCUCUGGAGACCCUUCACAUCCAGAAAGUGGGGAAUCUCCCUCGGGUAUCCUCUCUCUGCCCCCUGGAGUUGGCAUUACUGCAGAUCUACAGAACUCAGUUGCUUUGGGAACUGGGACACUUACAGAUCCAGGAAACUCUUCGCAGUCGCAAAUCGUGCUUCCAGUGGCUCCCGUCGCCGAUUCGUAUCCACGGUUUGUAGCUGGUCAGAAGGAUAUAACUCCAGUGAAAUCAGGUUUACCGGUUGUAAAUUCUAGCCGUCCGGUGCGAAAAUGGUCAAGUAUCAUUACAGAUUCUUCUCAACUAGAAGAGAUUGGAACCCCUUCUCAGCAUGUUUCAGGAGUCCCUUUUGUUCUAAUCCCGGAUGCAAAUUUGGAGGCCGCCAAAGAUGAGUUCAAAGAUUUCAUCUUCGCUCGAUUCCACGGGGAUGCUCCGGAAAUGGGAAGAAUAAUAGGAGUUGUGAAUGCUCUUUGGGCUCGCACAGGUCCACGCAUUUUCGUUCACAAAAUUGGCCAUGGAACGUUCCUUCUUCGAGUCAUUAACGACCGAACAAGAGAAAUCCUCCUCAGCCGAACUGUAUGGAAUAUUGCAGGUUUCCCUAUGUUUGUGGCGGCUUGGUCUCCUGACCUCAACCCAGAACAACUUCCUCUAACAUCAGCCGUUGUCCCGGUUGAAUUCAGAGAAGUCCCGUAUCUACUGUUUAACAAGGAAAGCUUGAGUCGUAUAGCUACGGCCGUCGGUAAACCUGUUUCUCUAGCUUCUGAAACAGAGCGUAAAGAGACGUUCGAGGUUGCUAAGGUCUAUGUUCGGGUGGAUCUAACAAAGGAGCUUCCUUCGAAAAUCAUCUCUGGUUUCUCGAAUGGUCGUGAAGCGCACAUCUCUGUGACUUAUCCUUGGCUACCGCUGAAAUGUGAAGGGUGUGGCUUGUUCGGGCACUCCAAAAGUCGAUGCCAUGAUGGUCCUUCUGUCUUGAACCAGGUUCGUACUCUAAGCACUAGUCCUAGCCGUGGGAAGCGGGCAAGACCAGGCAGAUCUAAGAGCAGAAAGAGGCAGACCUCGACCACAUGUACAACUGGCAGUUCGAACUCACGUACAAAUGAGAAGGAUGGGACUGUGACUGAUUUGCUUGAUGGAAACAGAGCCUCUUCCGAUGACAAUGCAGAUGCAGAUGCAGAGCAAACUCCAGGGGUUGUGGAGCAUGCUAACGAGCAGGAGAAGGCUAGAGUGUUGGAUAAGGAAGGGAUCUCUACGACUGUUGAAAAGAAAGAUGCAGCAUCAUCAUCAACCGAGGUCGGGAAUAAGGUUUCAGAGGUUUCAAAGGUUUCAGAGGCUGCAGAAGCCCCCUUCUUCUUGGUCCGCAACAAGAAGAGUGGCCGACUGAACAGUGAUAGACGCCACUCUAUGACAAAAGAUUGGAUUAAUAUCCAUAGACCACUUUUUGGAGCAUUCUACGAAACACAUAUACAACGAGUAAAUGCUGGGCGCAUAGCUCGCGCCAUUCCGACAGGUUGGAACUUCUUUGGAAACUUUGACCAUCAUGAAACAGCUCGCAUUACGGUGGUUUGGGAUCCUAGUAUUUCGGUUUUUGUCUACCAGUCAUCCGCUCAAGCUGUUACAUGCGGGAUUUUCAUCCAAGCUCAAAACGUCAACCUUACGAUUACAUUUGUUUACGGGCACAAUGGAACUGAUCUUCGGCGAACUCUUUGGGAUGAGCUUCAUACAUUGAAUGCUGUUACUCCAGUCUCGAGAACUCCGUGGGCGGUCUUGGGUGACUUCAACCAGCUAAGACAAUCAUCUCAACACUCCAACUCUCAGCAAACGCACAUUGAUACUUCUGGAAUGGAGGACUUCAAUCUUGCACUUCAGGAUGCGGAGCUGUUUGAGGCGCAAACCAAGGGACUACCUUUCACUUGGUGGAAUAAUCAAGAGGACAAUCCAAUAUCUAAGAAAAUAGAUCACGCCUUUAUAAAUUGUCAUUGGUCAAUUGCCUUCCCGGACGCUUAUGCUGUUUUCAUGGAGCCUGUUCAAUCAGAUCAUGCAGCGUGUUUGUUUCAGAUGCCAUCUUUACAUCGAAAGGCUUCUAAGCCCUUCAAGUUCUUCCAUCAUACUGCUGAUCAUCCUCAGUUUGGAGAACUUGUCGCUGAGGCUUGGAGUUAUGGUGACAUUUCAGGAUCAAACCAAUUAAAGCUUGCAAAGGCGCUGAAGUUAUUGAAGCCGGUUCUCAGAAAGCUGAACAAACGCCAGUUCAGUGGGGUUUCAGAGAGAGUAAGAGAUCAAGCUGAAAUUGUAUUAAACCUGCAAAGGAUGCUUCUCACUUCACCUACACCAGAACUAGCUAUUGAAGAAUAUCAAGCUAGAGCUAAGUGGCAAAUGCUUCUCAAGGCGGAAGGAAAGUUCUAUCGACAGCGUUCCAGAGUUAAGUGGUUGUGCGAGGGGGACAGAGAUACUGCUUUCUAUCACAGGACGGUAAAUCAGAGACUCACGCAAAAUCAUAUUCAUUUCCUCCGCUACAGUGAUAACAGGAUGAUUGGUGAUACCGAGGAAAUAAAGGCCUAUGCAGCUGAAUAUUUUCAGGGUAUUAUAGGUCACACUGAUCUCCCAAAUUCCCCUGCCACGUUCAGAGGAAGCUCUCCAAAUACAGAUCUCAUUAACGACGCUUCCUCCGCCUCUUUAGACAAGGGUGCUAGUACGUUUGGUAACGGUUUCUCCGCUAAGGCAACGUGGGAGAAGCUAAGGGUUCCAUCUCCAGCUGUUCAGUGGCAUACAGUCGUUUGGUUCAAAGAAUUAAUCCCCCGGUGUGCUCUUAUAACUUGGUUGGUUCUCUUGACCAGAUUACCGACCAAAGAUAGACUAAUCCGUUGGGGAAUGAGUGUUCCAGGUAGUUGUGUCCUGUGCCAUACCGGGAUUGAAUCCCAUGAUCAUCUCUUCUUUAGCUGUCCUUUCUCCUCAGGAAUCUGGAAACGAUUUGCCUCUUCUUUUUGGCGGUCCCCGUCGGUGGAUCUGACAACUGUAGUGUCUCUGAUUACAAGCUUGCCGCCCCCGAAGAUCCCCAUCGCAAAGCUCUGUUUUCAAAUCACCAUUUACCUCUUAUGGAAGGAACGCAAUGCAAGGAUCUUCACCUCUGUGGAAAUGCCUGCUUCAACCAUCGCCGCUGCCGUUGAUAGGAUGCUCAAAGAUCGUCUGCUGUCGAUUCCAGCUACAAGUGUCGGCUCGCCUUCGCUCCUCGAAGAUUAUUUUCGCUGUGUUUCUUUUCCUUAG